AUGACCAAAUUAACGCAAUCUUCCCUACACCUUCACGAGAGUGCCAUCUGCCACCUCAUCGACCCGGCACUUGUAGCUGAGUGUCGGUUGCUGGGUGCUUGUGGCUGCGACACAGUGCCCCACUUAGGCCGGAUUCUGCUCGGUUGCACGAGUGUCUGGGCGCUGUUCAUCUACGGCAUCGGGAGCCUCGUCAUCGAGAAAUUCUACCGCGAUUACCACGCCACCGUCCCGAUCUUGCUGCGCGGCUUCGUCUAUGUCGGCUGGACGUACAUCUGGGAAUUUUCUACAGGUUUUAUACUACGGCAAUAUGGAGCUUGUCCUUGGGAUUACACCGAGAGAAGCUACAACCUCAUGGGCCUCAUUACCCUCGAGUACUUCCCCGCCUGGUACAUCGCUUCCCUCAUGACCGAGCAGUUUCUCAUCCACAACCUACUGUUUCUUUCUUUAAACCCUCUUGAUUGUCAUAACCGCCUACACCAAAAGGGUUAA